AGGUGUUGGAUAAAUAUUAAAUUCGGCACGAUGAGUAUCCAUUUCUACAAGCAAAGCCUUCUUCUCCCGCAAUUCAGCAAAAAGGGGGCAAAUUGAAAGACGUUUUAGUUCACAGAAUCGCGGAUUUCAAUCAUCGCAAUCAUCAUUGAAGCCGAAAAUUCAGGUGAAUUUGAAGCAAUUGCCAUCACGCAGAUUAAAGGGGGAAUAUGCAGAGAAACAGACGGAGGUGUGAGAGCACUGCAAUGGUUUCUAUCAUCCUCGAUCUCCGCCCCGGCGGCGGACUUGGUCCGUUCACUCUCGGGAUGCCAAUCUGCGAAGCUUUUGCUCAGAUAGAACAACAGCCUAAUAUCUACGAUGUUGUUCAUGUCAAGUACUAUGAUGAGGAGCCGCUAAAACUUGACAUUGUUAUUAGCUUCCCUGACCAUGGGUUUCAUCUUAGGUUCGAUCCUUGGUCUCAGCGGUUGCGUCUUAUUGAAAUCUUUGAUAUCAAGCGGCUGCAAAUGCGGUAUGCCACUUCAUUAAUUGGAGGAACAUCUACUCUAGCAACUUUUGUUGCCGUGUAUGCUCUUUUCGGGCCAACAUAUCCUGGAAUUUAUGACAAAGACCGGGGCGUGUACACUCUAUUUUACCCAGGAUUAUCCUUUGCAUUUCCAAUUCCGUCACAGUAUGCACAGUGCUGUCAUGACCGAGAAGCUGAGCUCCCACUGGAGUUUCCCGAUGGAACAACCCCGGUUACUUGCCGUGUCUCAGUUUAUGACUCUUCCACAGACCGCAAAGUUGGUGUUGGAUCUUCAAUGAUGAAGGCCUGCGUGCCUCCAUUAGCAGCUGGCAGCCUCUACAUGGAAGAAGUUGUAGUGAAGUUAGGGGAAGAAUUGUGGUUUACAGUUGGUGGUCAACAUAUAUCUUUUGGUGCAUCACCACAGGAUGUCUGGACUGAAUUGGGCUGCCCCUGUGGGAUUCAUCAGAAACAGGUGGACCAAAUGGUAAUCCAUUCUGCUUCUGAUCCGAAGCCAAGAACCACCCUCUGUGGUGAUUACUUCUACAAUUAUUUUACACGUGGCUUGGACAUUUUAUUCGAUGGACAGACUCAUAAAAUUAAAAAGUUUGUUCUGCAUACCAACUAUCCGGGGCAUUCCGAUUUUAACUCAUACAUGAAGUGCAACUUCGUGAUAUAUAGUUCUGACUCAGAUGAUGGGUCAUUUCAUCAGGAUGUGAAUAACACCUCUAAAUGUGUCAUUACACCUAGCACAAAGUGGGAGCAAGUUAAGGAAAUUCUUGGAGACAGCGGGCGAGCCGCCAUCCAAACACAAGGGUCCACCAGCAAUCCUUUUGGAUCUACAUUUGUGUAUGGAUACCCAAAUAUCGCCUUCGAGGUCAUGAAAAAUGGCUACAUUGCAACUGUAACUCUCUUCCAGUCUUAGUUUCGUCGGGCUGGUGAAAAUGUUGCUGUACAGUGGAAUGGUGAUCGGGUGCACUGUGUCUUCUCUUGUACAUAAAUUUCAAUGCUCGGAUAUAUCCUCAACAUGUAUAUCAUGGAGUAGUUGGUAAAAUGUGUCUGGUAAUAUUAACCUCUGGUAUGAACAGAUUGUUUGUAUUGAAUGUUUUUACAAAUUGGCAAAAUUAGAGGUUGCUAUUGUGCUGAA